AUAAUUGAAAAUUAUUUGGAUGAUGUAUGCAAGCAUGAAGAAGAACUUAACAAAAUAUGUCAGAUAGAUAUGAGUAAAAAAGAUGAAGAUCUUAACAAAGAAAAUUUUCAUUUUGCUUUUAUGAAAGCUUGGUCAACUAGAAAUAUGGCAACUAUUACUACUUAUGCUAUAACUAG